AUGCUGUGUCAGGCACUUCAAAGAUUUGCUCAAAAGUUGGUAUGCAGACAUAAGCUGGAGCCACUGGUACCUGAGACUGCCCCUGCCAGAAGUCUGAACACUCUGGAUUUUGUGGACCUGAGUAUGGGCUACACAGUGGGUGUAGGUGUGUAUGUCCUGGCUGGUGAGGUGGUUAGAAAUAAGGCAGGACCAUCCAUUGUGAUCUGCUUUCUGCUGGCCGGCCUAACUUCAGUGUUGGCUGGUCUGUGCUAUGCAGAGUUGAGUGCCCGGGUUCCAUGUUACAGCUUUUCAUAUCUCUAUAACUUUGUCACUGUGAGUGAACUCUGGGCUUUCAUCACUGACUGGAACCUCAUCCUUGUCAAUGUUGUUAGUACAGCCAUUGUGACCUGGACCUGGACCUUAGCUUUUGACAACCCUUUUGGGAACAACAUCUUUCAGACCCUACGUGAGAGGAUCUCACCUCAUGUUCCCUAUUGUUUUGUGCAAAUGCCAGGCUUCUUUGUUGUGGGCCUUGUGUUGUUGCUCAUGUAAUUGCUGACUAAGAAUAUUACAUUGCUUUUCCUGGUUACCAACAUGGUCCCAUUAGUGGUCACAUUGGUGACACUUUUUGUUCUCAGUUUUGUCAUCAUCACUGGCUUCAUUAAGGGGGACUUGCACAACUGGAAGCUCACAGAAGAGGACUACAUAAAGGCUGGACUCAAUGACAGCUCUAUCUUGGGCCCUCAGGGUUCCAUCUGUAGGAGCAUUGUGAUUUCACUGUUCAUCUUGUUUUUGUUGUACUUUGGUGUCUCUGCGUCACUUACACUUAGGAUGCCUUACUACCAGCUUCAACCUGGGAGCACCUUGCCUGAGGCAUCUCUCCAUAUUGGCCGGGCCCCUGCCUACUAUGUUGUGGCUUUUGGAUUUUUCUGUAAUGUUUCAGCCAACAUCUUUGACUUGAAGUUCCCUAUAUAUCAGUUGACAUACAUGAUGGCAAAGGGUGGCCUUCUGUUCCCUGUCCUUACCAGAAUCCAUACCAACACAUCCAUCUGCAUCAUGGCCAUGUUGAUAUUAGUCAUUAUUACAGCAAUCAUGAUAUUCUUCUUUGGACUCACUGAUCUCUUGGACCUCAUAUCAAUUGGGGCCCUGCUAAUUUAUUCUCUGCUGGCUUUUUGUGUUCUCAUCCUCAGGUAUCAGCCUGAGGUGAAGAAAGGGGGAAAUGAAGCAGAGGUGCAGGAGGAGAAUGGACCUGCAACAGAGAGGCUGACUCUACAGGGACUACUUUUUCCAGGCAGCUCCUCACCCACUCCACUCUCUGGCCAGGUUGUCUACGUUUGCUCCUCACUGCUUGUUCUGCUGCUCACUCUUCUUUGCCUGGUGCUGGCCCAGUGGCCAGUUCUGCUUUCUGGAGACCCAGUGUGGAUUUCAGUGGUUGUGGUGCUCCUGGUGCUCAUCACUGGGCUCACUGGGGUCAUCUGGAGACAGCCUCAGAGCUUCAGUUCCCUUCACCUUAGGGUCCCUGCUCUGCCUCUCCUCCCACUACUGAGUGUCUUUGUGAAUGUUUGCCUUAUGAUGCAGAUGAUAGGUGGCACCUAGGCCCAAUUUGGUGUCUGGAUGCUGAUUGGAUUUGCUAUCUACUUCAGCUAUGGGAUCCAACACAGCCGGGUCACUAACACCACUUAAGUUAGGACCAAAACUGUAGACCUUGAACUCAGCAGUGCAUGUACACAUCAUCACAUCUGAAUGCAGUCUGGUCCCCCUGCACAAUAUUGGAGAGUACUCUUGAGUACAUUGAAAGCUAGGCCUCCUGUGGGAUGUUUUUUGGGAGAACACUAAUAGAGCUCUGUAUGUACUGUGGAGGAGUGAAUGAUGUGUCUUCUCUCUCUCUCUCUCUCUCUUCUUUUACUUGUCUACUUUUU